AUGAGAAUUCACAAAGGAGAUGAAUAUAAGGAUAAGAAAGCAAGUUAUAUGAUAUCAUUUAAGAAAGGAAACCAAAAUCUAUAAGAGGUAGUGUUUUAUUUAAAAGAGACAGCAAUUGAGUAAAACCCAAAAUAUUUGGAAUAGGAUAUUAAUAAAAGUAAAAUUAAGUAAUAUAUUUGAAGAAGCUUUGAAAAAUUUUUCGUUAAGUAACAUUGUUGUGACAUAAGAAUAUCAUUUCGAGCUUUUUAAAUUUUUAGUAUUUCCCCUGAUAUAUGAAAUUAAAUAAUUUUUUGGGGAUAACAAAACACUUUAGUAAAAUACAAAAAGGUCUAAACAAUCAAUACACAGCUUAACUGUAUAUAUUUCAAUUUUAAUCAGAUUAAAAUGCCUUGUUUUCCCCAUUCAAACUGAACUCGCUAUUACUAUUUAUUUCGGUUCCAACCUAAGAAAAAAAAUCAGUUCAGUUUUAUUAUAUAAAUCCAUAUCUCACAAACUAUUUAUUAUAAUUGUUGUUAACCCUAUUGAUUUUAUAUCUUUAUUAUUGCAAUUUAAUUUAUUUGAAAUGGCUUAACUUCCAUUAUGA